GGGGGCUAGAGGAGCAGUGCCUGGGGCAGGCGAAUUAUGCAUGCACUAGGCGAGCGCUGAGAGAAUGGCUGUGGAAGCUAUCCAUUGCAAUCUGAAUCCUAAUGGCAUUGAUCGUCCUGUCCACACAGAAGAUAUUAACCUGUCACUUGAAGGUGAAGGAAUUGAGUUGCCCUCGCGUAAGAAUGAUAAUACUCGGAAGGUGCUUGAGUCAAAAGGGACACCCAAGAGACAGCAGGUGGAACCAGAAACAUCUAAGUCUGGUACUGUGAAACUGACAAAGCCAGUAGCUCUGUGGACCCAGCAGGAUGUCUGCAAGUGGUUGAAGAAACACUGCCCUAAUCAGUAUCAAAUCUACAGUGAGUCAUUCAAACAGCAUGACAUAACGGGCCGUGCAUUGCUGAGGCUUACUGACAAGAAGCUUGAACGAAUGGGGAUUGCCCAGGAGAGCCUACGACAGCACAUUUUGCAGCAGGUGCUUCAGCUGAAAGUGAGAGAAGAAGUCCGAAAUCUACAAUUACUUACACAAGCCCCAACAGAGACUUCUCCAUAAACACUACCAGCCUCUAAAGCUUCUGUCCUGCCAGGUGAUAUGAAAGUGAACUUUACUUCGUGAAAAGCAUAACAAAUGGCACUGCCAGAAGGUGACCAGGGAGAAUUGAAAGAUUAACUGAAAUACAACCAUUCAGUCAAGAUGAUGCAUUCUGGAAAGUCCUGGUUUGCUGUGGAAUUAAAAUUUGGUGCAUAAAAUACAGUGCUAAUUUGUUCAAAGUGGUCAUUGACAGACCAUUAGCUGGAAAAUUGUUUCCAGUUUUCAUCACUGUGCAUAACUUUGAGUUCCCUUUAGGGGACUAUCUGUGCCCUUCACUAGAAGUCCUGUUUUAGCAUGGCAACUACUGGAUUAUUUUAUUAUAUAUGCAGAUGGCAUGAUGAUGUUUUAGGAAAAACUUACAGCAGUUCUCCAACCUCAGUAAAAAUGUUCACAAUAUAACACCCCCAAUAGGAAUGUAAACGUCUUGUAUAUGUUAGUUAUACAGUCUAAUGGUAUUCUGUUUAACUAUAUGUGAUCUCCACACAGAAGAGUUAGCACAUUCUAGACAUGUCAAGAAAGGUCUUUUCUUCAUUUCAAUACUAAAAUAUGUUUUAGUAUCUACACUGAGACUGUAUCUAAAAUAGAGCCUAUACUUGCAUAUAUUCACAGAUUCAUGGGAGAUUGCAUAGAUAGAUUUGCUCAUGGCAUGUAUGCCACUAGACAUAUUUUAUAGAGACUUACUGAACAGCUGUUAUGAAGGUAGCCAGGAGUAGGGGAGGUUGAAUGGGCUGUCGGACAUUGUGUCUGCUGUCCCCUGUCCUCACCAAUAAACCAAGCAGUCCGCAUUUCUGUUGUGCCAAUGUGAGGUUCCCAUUAAAUUGUAAAGGAAAAGAUCCCUUCUCUGAGAUGCAUUGUGUCCAUGGCUUUGGUCUACAUUAAACACAGGAGAAACUGGAGAAAUUCUGAUUCUUCUGCUAAUCACUAUUUUUUGGGAGUGGGGUGGUGAAUUACAACUUGCAGAGUCCAAACAAAAUCUCUUGAAGAUUGUAAAGAGUGAGAGGUGGACUAGAUGCUUCCACUCUGUACAGCUCCUCAUAGAGGACAGACACCUCCAUUAACAUUUCCUCCUCUUUCUACCCAAAACCCUUUUUUUAGUCUGAACUGGGGUUAAGGUAAAUGGUUCUAAUAACCCUUUGGGCAUUCUGUAGCAGGCUCAAGACUGUUGCAUUCAAACUGAGCAUUAUUUGUUGUUCAGUCUCUAAGUGGCUGACAUCACGGGUUGUGUCACAGCUGGCUGUGGUACAGUUUUCAUCCAUGGGAAAUUACGGGAAGUACUUUUGAUCCCACCCCUCACAUUGGGGCCUAUUUGAAACAGACUAUUUACAAUGAAGUAAAUUAAAUAGUCAGCAGCAUCACAAGGGACCAGCCUGGUGGUUCUUGCAGUUCCUAAAUCAAAGAUGGCACUUUGGGUAGCCACAAAACAUCUUUCUCUCCAGCCUAAUGGGCUAACACUUAAUCCAUCUGCCAAACCUGUAGAGAGCCUUCCAUGUUGGAGACUUAGAUACCAAUAGUGGAGGGAAGAUGAAUCUUAAUGGGAUUACAGGAAGACAAGGGGAUAUUUUUGAGGGAGUUCAUGUGGUACACUUUUAGAAGCUAUUCUAUACACUAUUAAUGAUUGUAAGAUCAACCAGUUAGAGCACCAGUGCAUCCAAAGUGUAUAUUUUUGGCGUGGAUUUAUGUCAGAACUUUUUACCCAUCCCUGGUAUGUAAACAGUAUAUAUACUUUUUGGACAAAUAUAUAUAUAAAAAGAAUCAGGCUCAGCAUGUUGGCUACUGUAUAAUAUCCAUUUAGAACACAAUUAUAAUUAGUUAUGGCCAAGAUUUUCAAAAGUGUCUAGUGAUUGUUGGGUGCUUAGCUUGACACCUUAAAGGAGCCUGAUUUUCAGAAAAUGCUGAAAACCAGGUCUCUUUAAAGUUUCUCAAAUUGGGCAUCCAGAACUUUCAAGCAUCCAGAAUCACAAGUCACUCUUGAAAAUCAUGGCCUUUCAUUUAGAUUGGUUAGAAAAACUCCAAUAAAGGCACAAGAAUAAUAUCAUCUAAGUGCGAAGUUGCUAGAGCAAUACUUUUGCAAUGUGCACUUUUUAGAGUUGCCCAUAGAAUUGCAAGUUGACUUUUUUUAGAAAUUGGUCAUGUGCAUUGCAGAAUUUCAUUAACAGUUUUAGCACAUUUUAUAGGCCUUUCCUAUUGUUCUGUUUUAAAAUGAAUUCUGGGAACUGAGAUCAGUCAUUUUCCUAGAUCACUUAUAUUACUAUUGCUGUUUAAAAAAAAAAAAAAAAAAAAGUUUA